UCGCCGAGUUCCCUCCAAAUUCCGGCAACGAGGGUUUCCGAAGGCCAUUUCCACCGCUCAGGGUUUUACGAGAAUUUCUAUCGACAAUGGCGACCAUUAUUUCUAGAGGUGCGAAGCAUUUCCACUAUGCAAAUCGCUGUCUCUCUUUACACCGUUUGAGCUUGCGUUCGCAUUCGAAUUCGCAUUCGCCUUCGUCUUCUGUUGUCGCUGGCGCGAAUCUUCAUGAUCGAGAUUUUCCCCUUCUUCAGUCGGGGCUUGGGAUCAAUUAUUUAGCUAUGUAUAUGAGGCGGCUUUAUGGUACCGGUUCUCCUACUGCUGAUUCUCAAAGCCCAGCCUCCGAGAGAUCGACAGAGUCCAAUUCUAGUGAAGGGGAUGAUUCGGGGAAAUCAAAUCAGAGCAACGAUGCUGGAAAAUCUGUUCGCGGUGGGCCCGUAUCAUGGCUGAGUUUUCUUUUGCUGGUUGCCACUGGAGCGGGACUGGUUUUUUAUUAUGACAGAGAAAAGAAACGUCAUAUCGAAGAAAUAAACAAGGCUUCCAUAGAAGUCAAACAAGGACCGUCUGUAGGAAAAGCAGCUAUUGGGGGCCCAUUUAAACUUAUCAAUCAUGAUGGGAAGAAGGUCACAGAAAAAGACUUUUUCGGGAGAUGGACAUUGGUAUAUUUUGGCUUCACUCACUGUCCGGACAUUUGCCCAGACGAGCUACAAAAGCUAGCUGCCGCAGUUGAUAAAAUCAAAGAAAAGGCAGGAAUUAAAAUUGUGCCUGUCUUCAUCUCUGUUGAUCCCGAGAGAGAUACCGUAGAACAAGUGCGGGAAUAUGUCAAAGAAUUCCAUCCGGACUUGGUUGGGCUAACUGGGACCUCAGAGGAGAUACGCAAUGUAGCUCGAGCAUAUCGAGUUUAUUAUAUGAAGACUGAAGAGGAAGACUCGGAUUAUCUCGUCGAUCACUCCAUAGUGAUGUACUUAAUGGGUCCUAAAAGCAUGGAAUUCGUAAAAUUUUUUGGGAAGAACAACGACGUUGACUCACUCGCAGAUGGUGUCAUCAAAGAGAUAAAGCAGUACAAGAAAUAGAAAGUUCUUGGUCAACCAAGUUCUAUCAUACUACUACAAUCUGGUCCGUUAUUUUUCGAGCUUCAACAUUUUUCCCGGGUAUUUCGAUUGUUUGGCAUCUAUGGCAGGUUGAUACCUAUGAUAGGUCAUGUCUUAGUUAAUAAUAUUGUUUCAUAUCUAUAACAUUAAUGCAACUUAUUUAGAGAAUUGGCCACAUUUAACUGCAGGUAGUUCCUGAAAGAUUGGUUAUUCAUACGGUAUGCUGUUCAAACUACUCAAUUUUUUAAACCCUUUUCAGCUACAUGUAUGAAAAUUGCCUUUGCGCCCAAUUUUCUUGUUU